AAUAAAAUCAAACCAUGAAUACAAGUCGAAGAAAAUCAAGGAAGUCUUUUUCUUCUUCUAUGGGAGGGAGAGGCCAUCAAUCGAAUGCUUCAGAAGAGGCGGAAUCUUCAAAGGGUGUUAGCAUUCGUGGUAGAAUUUUGGAAGAUGAAGACAGGCAUCAGUCAAUUGAAAGUAUUCAUGUUUCUUCCACAUUCCCCUCCAUCGUAGGAACCUGCACACUUAUGUGCCCAGCUCGGGAAAGGGUCCAACGUGAACGGCUUCGAGAUUUGUCUGUGUUUGAGAGGUUAAAUGGUCAUCUUGGGAAGACAUCUCCAAGUCUUGCAGUGAAAAAGUUUUGCAGAACUAUAUCGACCAUGCGUGUGCAAGAGUCAGAUGUGCGGACGCUUCCAGUAUUGAAAGAAACAUUACACUACCUUCUGAACCUAUUAGAUUCUUCAGAACAACCAUUUGAAGUAGUUCAUGACUUUGUUUUUGAUAGGACAAGGUCUAUACGCCAAGAUCUUAGCAUGCAGAACAUUGUUAAUGAUGAAGCAAUUCAUAUGUACGAGGAAAUGGUUAAAUUCUACAUAGUAUCACAUCACAAGCUUCUUUGGUCUAAUUGCAAUCCGAAUAUUUCUUCUAUGCAUUAUCUCAAUCUGGAGCAGCUCAGAAAAUCCCUUUCAUCUCUCUAUGACAUGUAUGAUGCCAAUCGGAAGUCCAGCAGCAUCAGCAAGAAUGAAGCUGAGUUCCGCUCGUUUUAUGUGCUUCUUCAUCUCAGUUCUAACAGCCAAUCAGUGGGGGGCUCAUUGUCUUUGUGGUUUCAGCGCCUGGCAUCUCCCAUUCUUAAAUCGAAGGAAAUGUGUUUCACUCGGAAAGUUUUAAGGUUCUUCCGUCUAGGCAAUUAUAAAUGUUUCUUUGCUACAAUAGCAACAGAGUCUUCCUAUCUGCAGUACUGCCUGAUGGAACCCUAUAUCAAUGAGCUUCGAAUACUGGUGGUAUCUUAUAUCAAUUAUGGUGGCUACGCACACAGCCCAUACCCACUAGCACAGCUAUCCAAGUUGUUGAGGAUGAAGGAGUCAGACAUGGAGUCUCUUUGCAAUGCAUGUGGACUUGAAACCAGCAUAGACAAAGUAGGAAAUAAGUUCUUACCAACUAAGCAAGCUACUUUCCAUCCACCCAAAGGAGGGUUUCAAAACUACAGCUUCUUAGGUUUGGAAAAACUACAGAGGCAUACUAGGGAUGAGGAUUGUAUAACCACCAACCAAGCCAGUUGAAGACCCUCAGUAACUAACAUCUCUAUCAUUCUGUAAAGCAUGGAAGGAUUAUGAGAAUUGGUGCACCUCCACUAUGACCUGUAAAGAAUGCAGAUGUAUUAUAUAGUAUUGUUACUCAUCUUUGUAAUUAAGGGGGCUAGGGAAUGCCUAACAGGAUUUGGUUUGAGGUGAUCACAAAUGAUCUUGAAACUUAAUAGUGAACAGAAGAUAUGUCCCUCAAUGAAGCAGAACGGGAAAAUGAGAUUGGUCUGGCUGGCCCCAAAAAGCAGGAUUAUUAGGGGAAAAUUUCCUUCACCCACCAUUGUGAUAAUUACUCCCACACUCCUUAUCCAUGAAGUUAUGAAAUGCUCUUUAGCUAUUCUAGAAGUCUCAUUCAAGCGUCAAGAAAUCAUGACUGAGAUUCUAGUUUUACCAUGGGUGAAGGAAAACUCGAUCCUUUAGUUUAUUACCCAUGUUCAUUGAUCAAAUUGGUUCUCAUCAAUUUCAUAUAAGAAAAAACUUCAAAUGUUUCUCAUCAUUUAAUGGCUUUUAUAGAUUGUGUUAUGAUGCCCCUUUAUGAGACGCAGGCUUUAACUUAAUAUAAAUGACUUAUGAUGGUUAAACAGUA